GCCAGCAGACCACAGAUUUCAUUCCUCCUCCUCCUCCUCCUCCUCCUUUACUGGCAAAGAGCUGUUGGUUGGGCCCACGCGAAACACGACUCCUCCGCCCACUAUAUAUUCACCAGGCGCUAUGAAUCAUCAUCAUCAGGCCAACGGAGGUUAAGACCUUCAUUUGGCUGCUGCUGUCGGUGUUGGCUGGUGGCAGACAAGGUGCGUGCAGAGAGUUGCAGAGAUAAUUAAUUGCCAACAGGAAGAGAGACCAUGAGGAACUGUCACCGUGGUCGAGCAGAUCUUAAGGUGGAGAGGAAGAUGGCGGAAAAAUAUAGGAGACUGCACAUGAAGACCCUGUACUUGAAGCUUUCCUCCAUCAUUCCCGCGGAACACAGAACCACGGCAAAGGAUGCAAUGACAAAGCAAGACAACUUGGAUCAAGCCACAUCUUACAUCAAAUAUCUUCGUGCAAGGAUCGAAAAGUUGAAGCAGAGAAGGCUCGUGCAGACCAGCGCGGUCAGAAAUGAGAUGGGAACGGGCUAUCUAUUGCCAAUCAUUGAAGUAAAAUACCAGGAUCUGAACCUGGAGAUACUUCUGAUAAGUGGUGUGAACAAGAGCUUCAUGUUCCAUGAGGUGAUCAAUGUUCUCGAGGAAGAAGGUGCCGAAGUCAUCCAUGCUAGCUUCUCAGUCGUCGGUGACAAGAUCUACCACACAAUACAUUCGCAGGCUGUCAGCACCAGAAUUGGCUUGGAGGCUUCGAGGGUAUCUGAGAGACUGAAGGAGCUGGUUAAGUAAUCAUCUAGGAGACAUGGUUUUCCAGAUUCCUGAGGACAUAUGGACGUGUACCAUGCACUUUUUUUAAGACUGCUAUUGAUAUGGAUCGGUUUCGUCGGAGGAGGAAGAAGAAGAUGAUCCCACCACCACGAACAGACGUACUGCUUUCCUCUUUCCUUUUUUUGAGUUGAGAUUGAUGCUUGGAGCUUGCACGAUUGUUGUACCCUCUGUAGUCUGCAGACUAUUGACUAAUGGAAGCUUCUCUUGUUUCA